AUGCGGUCUGUUUCGUUUGCCUUGAGCACCGAGUCAUUGGCUGAUGCUGCGUCGCCUUCUAGAACGACGCUUGGAAGACCGCGAACCCCGCACCCCACGUCGCCAAUGCUGCGUCUGGUGUUGGACGUGAGGAGAGACACAGUCUGGAUGCCAGGCACAGGCACAGGCACAGGCACGGGUACACAACACACAGGUAUCGGCCUCAGUCGCCGCCUCCAGAUCGCAGAGCCCGGGCCCGUAAUAGGAGGUCGAGCCGAGUCGCCUUGGUGGACUCUUGCACAAGCACUAGCUAGCCUGUCACAAGGGCAGAAGGCCAAAGCGAUUGCUGAACAAGAGUGGCGCCACUCAGAGAUUCCGGCGGGCGGCGGCAUCGGCUCGGGUCGCUGA